UCCUAGGGGAGGGCGAGGCGGGCACCAUGCGGCUGUCGGUCGCCGCCGCCGUCUCCCAUGGCCGCGUCUUCCGCCGCAUGGGCCUCGGCCCCGAGUCCCGCAUCCACCUGUUGCGCAACUUACUUACGGGACUGGUGCGGCACGAGCGCAUCGAGGCGCCCUGGGCGCGCGUGGACGAGAUGAGGGGCUACGCCGAGAAGCUCAUCGACUAUGGGAAGCUGGGGGACACCAAUGAACGGGCCAUGCGCAUGGCUGACUUUUGGCUCACGGAGAAAGAUUUGAUCCCGAAGCUGUUUAAAGUCCUGGCCCCCCGGUACCAAGGUCAGAAAGGAGGCUACACGAGAAUGCUGCAGAUCCCAAAUAGGCCUGCGCAGGAUCGGGCCAAGAUGGCAGUCAUCGAGUAUAAAGGGAACUGCCUCCCGCCCCUGCCCCUGCCUCGCAGAGACAGCAAUCUUACACUCCUCAACCAGCUGCUGCUGGGGCUGCGGCAGGACCAGGAAGCUUGCAGCCACCGCUCCCACACGACUCAGACACCAAGGAUUUAACUGGAGGCAGGUGCAUGGCCUUCUCAUCAGUAUUGAUGGUCACAACAGGUCUUUGAAGCUCUUUUAUCUCUAAGAAGAAAUGGAGCUAGACUUGUAAAAUGGGCAACCUUAAUGCCCAGAACCCUCUUGGAAGCCAGAUGACCCUCUCUUGUCACCAUAGAUAAAGUUCCUUGUAUUAAAAAAAAAAAAAAAAGCUGAUUUUUUUUUUUUUCUCCCUGGGGAUUUCUGGAGAAAAAGGACUAUCCAAAUGCUCAGCCUACCUAGAAAAGUAAAUUAGUAACAGUAUGUCUAUGUUUUUUUGUGUGUACUCCACAUUACCCCCCAAAGUUGACUGAAUUUUGACAUCUAGAGAAAGAUUACUUACUGGCACAGGUUGAGGGUGAAUAUCUAGAAGUGAACUUUUCAUAAUUAUCUGGUAUCCUGGGAGCCCUCAGAAACACUAGAACAAUUCUGUUUUUAGACAGGGUCACAUGUGAUCCUCAUGUGCCCCCCACUCAAGCCCACAAUGAACCUCAAAGGAGAGGACCUGAGAAUUCAGGUUAUACCAUUCUAGCCAAGGGAGUAGAAGCAUUCAACAGAGGAUGUUGGACUCCAGGAUAAGCUCCUUCCGUAGCUGGUGAGGUGGGAGGAGUACUAGGAAGUUAAAACUGAUGGGAAUUUCCUGGAAAUUUUUUAUUGUCAAAUCUGGGCCUCUCUGGGAACUCAGAAAAGGGAAAUCCGGCUUCAGAAUGGCUAAGGCAUAUGAGAAGGAGGAAGAUCAUUUAUACAUGUUCAUUACUGUGAAACCAGACUUGGCCCAGCCAGGCAUCAGUCUGAGAAGACUUGAAGCUGUCCCUGACCUGCACACUUGAGAGCAGGGCCUGGAUGAUCUAUCACCAUAUAAGAGAUUUUACCUUAGGCUGGACCUUCAGCUUGUACUUGGCCCACCAAAUCCAUCUACUUUCUAGAUAAGGAUGAGAAUGGAGGGGUCAGUGGUCUGGCAGAUACAGGCACCACUGACAAGGCUAGUCUGGUCUCUCACUGCAGCUGCUCGCCUCUAAAACAUCUGUUCCCAAUAGAGUUCCCCAUCUCAAUUCGUUUUUCCAUGCUGUUGCCAGGAAGCUCUUUCUAACUAUUGUGAGUGAGAUAUGCAAAACAUUUAUUGAAUAAAUGAAUAAACCUGCAACUGUAAGUGCAUCUUGCAAAAAAUUUACACCCUUCUGUCUAGGCAUGAAUAUUCACCACAGGUAGAUAUUUUGCAGUCAUCCCUGAAAUCUAAAGAAAAGUAUUUUCUGGGCCUCCUUGGUGGCACAAGGGGUUAAGUCUCGGCACUAUGAAGCUAUGGGCAGCCACUGCAGCAAGAGUUUGAUCCCUUGCCAGGGAGCUAACCCACAUGGCACAGCAGACCUCUCCUGACUUACCCAUCACUACCCUCGGCGAUAUGUUUCAAUCAAUCUGCCUGUUCUGCUCCCCACUUUGGUAAAUCCUCUCACCCCUGCCCCCACACCUCUAGUCUGCACCCCAGCACUUGUAUGCAUAAAUAAAUCUUAAAAAAAUACAUAUUUUGGGCCUCCGCUGGUGGCGCAGGCAGCUGAGCACAGCACUGUGAAGCUGUCUGUAACCUCUGCAGCUCCAGUUCGAUCCUGGCCGGCCAGUGAGGAUCCCACAUGGCGCUGCAGACCUCUCCUGUCGCGCCCGCUGCUCCCCUCAGCAGUGUAUUUUGUCCAUCUGCCUGUUCUGUUCCCUGCUCUGUCUGGUGAAUCCUCUCACCCUCCCGCACAUCUGGCCUGU